GAGAGAGAGAGAGACACGUUCUCUCUCUCGUCGUGGGCAUCGCAACUACAGAGCUGAGAAGCUGUGGAGGAAAGCUCUCGUCGGAUCUGGCCAUUUUCUCCAUCGGUUGUCACCAUUUCCGCGCUGGUUUCCACAGCGCCGCGCGGGGACCCCCGGACACGGACCCGGCACAGGAUUAGGGUUGGCGUGAAAUUCCCCGAAGAAGUGACUGGCUAUCACGCCGUGGCUCUCACACCCGUCGAUCUACCGUCUCCACGUCGGGUUUUCAAUUGAAAGCGCGCAAAGUGGCGUCUGCGUAGGAGCGCGCUUGGCGCACUUGAUCCACCAAGGACAGAGCGGCAACAUCUCCAUGGUCCUGUCUGGAUUAAACGCGGACCUUCGGCUGAAUGGGUGACCUGGCUGAGACGCGCAUUCCACUGUAGCCCCCCCAACCCCCUCCUCCGGAGUUGUGAUGACCACUGCCGCCUGCGCUCAUUGACCCACGGACCGUUUUGAGUUGAAGGCUGUACGGACAGGGGGAAGAUGAGACCUCCCAUCCCUCUGCUGAUCCUGCUGUACAUCGCGCUGUCCAAGACUCAAAAGGUGGUCUCCAAGAGAGGCUCAGUGGAUGGCUGCACCGACUGGUCGGUGGACUACCUGAAGUACCGCGUGCUGCAAGGAGAGCCGGUGCGGCUGAAGUGCGCCCUGUUCUACGGCUACAUCCGGGCCAACUACAGCCAGGCUCAGAGCGUGGGCCUCAGCCUCAUGUGGUACAGGAGCUCGGGUCUGGGCCACAGCGAUUUCGAGGAGCCCAUCUCCUUCGAUGGUGCGCGCAUGAGCAAAGAGGAGGACGCCAUAUGGUUCAGACCCGCCGACCUGCAGGAUGUGGGACUCUACUCCUGCGUCCUGAGAAACUCCACGUAUUGUAUGAAGGUCUCCAUGUCCCUGACGGUGGCUGAGAACGACACAAGCAUGUGUUACAACUCCAACAUGAGACAAACGGAGAAGGCAGAGCUCAGCAAGAGCAAAGACAUCCUCUGUCCCAACAUCGACGACUACAUAGAACCUGGCAAGGAACCAGACAUUGUCUGGUACAAGGAAUGCCAUCCGAAGCAGUGGCGCGCGAGCGUCAUCCAGAAGCGAGACAUCCUGUCCUUCCAGGAAGUCAAAGAAGACGAUAUUGGAAAUUACACCUGUGAGAUACAGUUUGGAGGCUUUCUGGUGCGGAGGACCACCGAGCUCACCGUCACAGCUCCUCUGACCGACAAGCCACCAAAGAUCCUGUUUCCUUCAGAAAACAAGAUUAGCAACAUGGAGCUGCAGCUAGGUGCGGCUCUGAACCUGACCUGCCGGGCCUUCUUCGGCUACAGCGGUGACGUCAGCCCACUGGUCUACUGGAUGAAGGGGGAGAAGUUCAUCGAAGAUCUGGACGAGGAGAGGGUCCAGGAGAGUGAGAUCAAGUUGGUCAGGGAACAUCUGGGGGAGCAGGAGGUGGCCAUUUCCCUCACCAUCGACUCGCUGGAGGAGGAGGAUCUGGGGAAUUACUCCUGCUACGUGGAGAACGGCAUCGGCCGUCGGCAAGCUACCAUCCAGCUGAGCCGGAAGGCAGAGCUGAUGUACACGGUGGAGCUGGCAGGAGGGCUGGGAGCCAUUUUGCUGCUUCUCAUCUUCCUCAUCUCCCUCUACAAAUGCUACCGCAUCGAGCUGAUGCUAUUCUACCGCAGGAAUUUCGGCAGCGAGGAUGUGGAUGGAGAGAACAAAGACUACGACGCAUACCUGUCCUACACCAAAGUGGACCCAGACCAGUGGAGCCAGGAGACACGAGAAGAGGAGCGCUUUGCUCUGGAGAUCCUGCCGGACGUCCUGGAGAAGCACUACGGCUACAAGCUCUUUAUCCCUGACCGGGAUCUCAUCCCAACAGGAAGUUUCACCAAUGAGCUUUACCAGGAUGACAGGCGACUCUUCGGAGCCUACAUCGAAGACGUCGCGCGGUGUGUGGACCAGAGCAAGCGCCUCAUCAUCGUCAUGACGCCCAACUACGUGGUCCGCCGCGGCUGGAGCAUCUUUGAGCUGGAGACGCGGCUGCGGAACAUGCUGGUGACCGGGGAGAUCAAGGUCAUUCUGAUCGAGUGCGCCGAGCUGCGCGGCAUCAUGAACUACCAGGAGGUGGAGGCCCUCAAGCAUACCAUCAAAACCCUCACGGUCAUCAAGUGGCGCGGCACCAAGAGCAACAAGCUCAACUCCAAAUUCUGGAAGCAGCUGCAGUACGAGAUGCCGUUCAGACGCACGGAGCCCAUGCUGACCCACGAGCCAGCGCUGGAUGUCAGCGAGCAGGGACCCUUUGGAGAACUGCAGACCGUCUCCGCCAUCUCCAUGGCUGCUGCCACCUCCACCGCCAUGGCCACCGCGCACCCGGAGCUGCGCUCCUCCUUCCACAACACCUACCACACCUCCAUGAGGCAGAAACACUACUACCGCAGCUACGAGUACGACAUGCCGCCCGGAGGAACCCUGCCGCCUCUGUCUUCUCUGGGAAACCAGCACACCUACUGCAACAUCCCGCUCACACUGCUCAAUGGACAGCGGCCGCCCGGCAAGAGCAGAGAGCACAGCCUGGAGGAGCCGCACGCCAACAACGCCAUGCUGCCGCUGCUGCCUCGAGAAACCAGCAUCUCCAGCGUCAUCUGGUAGGGCUGCGGCGCAGAAUCCAGCGGUGGAAUCGCUCGCCGUAUCUGGCGGCUCUGUGACCCGAGAGAUACAGGUCCAAAGUGGAACGGCAGAAGCUCCAGCAGCUUCUCGAACUGUAUCGUCCUUUCCAGGGGAUUUUUUUUUUUAUCGCCUGGAUCUACAAUAAUAACGCACUGUUUUGACAACAUGCGAGAUGACGGACUCGCCAGAACUUCACGACACGGUCACUGUUUCUCAUUUCGUAUGUAGCCAGUGCCGAGUUCACGAUAUUGGAGUGUGAGCUAUGAGAUAAUGUGUGGCUCCCGCCGAAUCAGGACGCAAGUCCCGAAUGAACAAGAGAGCGUACCGUCUUAGUCGCUAGAGAGCAGCACGGCUGCCUGUGUUCCACCACAUUCUAUCCACUGAUGCACUGGUCCUCCCUUUAUUCUAGAUUAGCAUUAGCUUGUUUAGCUUCCCCGGGUUAGUCUCCUGGACCGUCUCUGUGUUUAACCUGGCCAGACACUCUGGAACCUGUGUGGCACUUUGGAUCACCAUUUCCAAUUUCCAUUUUGUGGUUAAUAUUCUGCGCUCGCUACUCACAAUCUUUAGAGCAAAAUUAUUAGCCACGAAUUCCAAUGAGGGGUGUGUGGGAGCAUACAGCGUUCGCUAUCGUUACCGUUACCGAGAUUUUUAUUCCAAUCCCAACUCACUCUUGAGUCACGGUUUUCUUGGUGCAAAAUCACUCGAUUUUCAAAUGGAUUUCCAGACAAAAGGAAGACUCGAUCUUGAUGGUCCAGAAUCUCCGAAGCUGUUAUUACGCUCAACCCUUUCUGGUAUUUGCGAUGUUAUUCUGGCGCCUCACGUAAAACGGUGAACUAAAACCCGGCAGAUUUUUUCAGAUCCGGGUCUUUGAAGCUUCAGUUGAGCUAGUCAUAAUUUGGUCCAUUGACCUUGUUCCAGCCAACCAAGGCGGAAAACAAGAUGGCGACAUCCACGAAAGUGAUUCUCCUGCUCUGCUUGUGUGAAUAUGAACUAUGUGUGUUGAAACGGGAAAACACACCGAAUAACAAGGAAACACGAAGGCGCUGAACGAAUUUCUGUUACAAAAGGUUCCAGUCGCUUUUUGGCUAUUAUCAAAGACCACUCUAACAAUAUUUACCGUAAUUUCUGAACUAUAACCCGCUGCUUUUUUCUAGUGGUCUGAACCCUGUGGCUUCUACGACGACGCUGCUAAUAUAUGGAUUUUUACAGGCUAAAAAAGUGUCAUGCUGCCAAAAUGUUGAGCCUCGUCUCAUCAAACUGAUGACAUCACAGGUGUUUUAUUGACCUUAAAGCGCUCAAAAUGCACUGUUUUCGCCGCCGUGUCCGCAGCUCCGCCCACAGAGUCGAGACGAGAAGCAGCAGCUGAGACUGGCUGUGGUGUCAGAACUUUGGACACGCAGGUGAAAACAGCACAUUUUGAGCGCUUUAAUGUCAAUAAAAGAUGUGAGGAGUUGAUGAUUCAAGUUCAGUACGUUGCCCAGUUUGUUUCAUGAGUCAGUCUCCAUGUUGGAGCCCUUUUUCCAAACUAGUUUAGAAGUGACCCUCAUGCAGUUUUAAGACAGGUGCACCACUGGUCUUUCUACGGUGCUGGCCACCACUGCACUGCUUAUGUUAUAUUCCAGUGCGCUCUAUAGUCUGGAGUUUACAGUUCAUAUCAAUACAUAACCACUGUGUUACCACAGUCAGAAAACAAACCGCCGUCCACUAAGUCUAUUCUUGCCCAAACUUAUUGCAAAUGAAAGCAAUUACUGCAUAAAAACGUUUCUGCAACGGGACUUGUACUUCCUGUUUACACUCGAGGCAGCCAUCUUGGAUUGUAUAGCCGCGAGUGAUGAGGAUUUUCCGACUUUCUGACUCAGAAUUCCGACCUUUAGGGGAUGAUGUGUGCUUAUACAUUUAACACAUCUCCUCAGACCCUCAGUCACAGACAGUCAAGGGGGCGUGGCCAGGAGACGGGCCUGAAGCACCGCGGAAAACAAGCUACUUCUAGCUUCUUAUUAGUGACUUCUUCUUAGUCGAUUUACGAGUAUUUUUUUCAUGAAAGAGACGUACACCUGGACUCCACUGGGACUAUCAGUUUGAUAUUCCUGACGUCGCUGUGUAGUUCUGGCUAUAGAGAGAGAGCUACAGUGCGAAAUGACAAACAGUGACUGUCUCUUGCGCACACACACACACACACACACUGACACACAGUUGCAUACAAACAAAAGGAAAACAGGGUCUUGUAUAUAUAUAUCUUUAUUGGUAGCAUCAUUGUUUUCCUGUUUAUUUGUUGUUCAUUUCAAUAAUAUCUGUUGCCUUCUCUAAAGUUGUAUAUUUUUAUUGCUUUUUUUUUAUUUUAACAUAUUUCUAAGCCACUUAUUUAGGAUUGUAUCAUGUACUUCUAAUGUCUUUUGUUGGUUUCUAUCCUUGUGUAGUUUUUUAACACUUUGAAACUUGCCUGGACGUUACAGGAGCUUUUGUUCACCUGGACAAGGUGUAUCUACUUUGAACAGACACUCUCUUUUCAGAAUCAUAUAAUUAUGCAAAAUAACAGAAGAGCUGGCAAAAAAAAAGAAGCUGAACUUUUGGGGAGGCGAGGAGGAGGGCGAGUGUGUGCGGGCGGGGCGGGGCGGGGCGGGGCGGUGCCAGUCACCUCCAAUCAGAGCGACCGGCCCCUCCCUCUAAAGCUUUUCUAUUGAGUCCAACAGCCUGGCUGUUCUCGAGCGAUAGUGAAAUGCCUCACCUAAAAAGACAUCUGUAGAUUAUUUUAAAAAAAGAAGUCUAUUUUUGUAACCGAGAAGAGUUUGCUUGAGAAGUCAUACUGAUUUGCAUCUCAUCCACCACCGGAAGAGGAUUUGUGUAUAUGUGCUCUGCUGGUUUUGUACACUUUGGUUUGUUCUGAGAUGAAGGUGGCUUUUCCAGUCCCGCCAGGAAAACCAUUCGAGCGCGACUCCCAUCGAGACGAUUCUGUUGGUUCAUGUGGAAUAGUUCAUGUUUAAGGAAAGAAGAAUACAUUUGUGUUUUGAAAGACUUUUUAAAUAUAUUUGAAGGUGUGUUUUUUGAGUAUGCAUAGCAAAUAGAUAUGUAUUCUAUAUAUAAUAUAGAUAUUUAUAUAAACAUAUAAACACGAUUUUCACUGGAAAACAAAUGUCUAUCUUUAUAGAAACACAAUCAUUAUCGGUUGCCCUUACUUUUCUCACUGCACAUUAAA